GGGCAGUGAGCAGUGAGGGAAGUGAAGGGUUAACAGGCUGAAGGAAAUCCCGCCUAGCUGGGCUGGGCUCGGAGCUAAACGCGAUUCCUGCAUGUAAACACUCAGCAGCAGCAGUUCAGCAGGAGCUACAGAGCAGAGCGGAGGGAUUUAACAGGUCAGAGCUGAGGAACAGGGGGAAGCUGGAGCGGUUUUUGGACUCGUGCUGCUAAAACAGAGAGGAGCGGACAGAUACUGAAAGAGAGACAGAGCUACAGAGAGAAGGAGUGGGCCGAGAUCCAGCGCUUCAGAUCUGAGAGCUAGGUUAGCUCUAUCAGGCGAGAUACAGCAGCAGCACCGAGCACUGUGUCUGACAGCUGCACGUCUGAUCAGGGCUGGAACUGUGGAGGUCCUGCGUGUGUCUGUCUUUCUGCUACCUCCUGCGUGGAAUGAAACAUAGAGGAUGAGCCCCGGGUGUCUUCUACUGACGGUUUUAUGGCGAGUCUUUCUCACCGUGCUGCUGUUUGAAUGCACUCCUGCUCCUCUGGUUCUCACUCAGACUGUGUUACCUGGGAACACUGGCUUUACACUGCUGGAAGAUGGAGAACCAGCAUCAUCUGCCUCACCUGUGGGAGUGCUGAACACUGAGAGCACACCUGCUGAUGAAGACACACACGACCUGAGGAGUGCAGGAAUCACUCACACUUCACACUCAGUGUCAGGUCGAGGCAGAGGAGAUAAGCCCCUGGAGAGGACGAGGCCUUUUGCCAUAGUUAACGGACGUAGAAGGAGCCUGAGUGACGUUUUGCAGAAUGGUCAUCCAGACACGCUGCUGUGUGGUCUGCGAGUCGGAGACAGCCUCCUUCUGCUGGAGCUGGAGAAGAACCAAGAUCUCCUGCCUAAAUCGCCUAAUAUCUUCUACUACUUGCCAAAUGGAACUGGAGUGUCGGUGGAGGAGAGCCAAGUGACUCACUGUUAUUAUCAUGGUUCAGUCAGAGGAUAUCCUGCGUCCCGAGUGGCCAUCAGUACCUGUGCUGGAUUACGGGGAGUGAUCUUCAUCAAUUCCAGUUUAAGCUUUGAGCUGCAGCCAGAUGAAGAGCAUGAUGAAGGACAAGUGGAGGGAAGUGCGGGAUUAGAAGAAGAGAAGGGAAUGCACCUUCUCUACUCAGCCCACCAUUUGAGCUCAGCUUUGGGGGGCUGUGGUGUUUCUCACACCUAUAUUCCUCCCAUUCAGAUCAUCCCACAUGUACACAGGAGCAAGAGAGACAUUCUUUCAGAAACCAAGUAUAUUGAAUUGGUUUUGGUUGCAGAUCACAAAGAGUACCUAAAUUAUCAGAGGAACAACAAGACAAUUAUUUAUCGAAUGCUGGAUGUAGCCAACCAGGUUGACUGGUUCUACCGGACGCUGAAUGUGCGCGUGGCCCUGCUGGGGCUGGAGAUCUGGAGUGACCAGGAUAAAAUCCUGGUAGACAAGAACCCUACUGAUACUCUCAACCGGUUCCUGGAGUGGAGGACCCGAGAUCUGCUGCCACGGUUACGCCAUGACAACGCCCAGCUAGUCAUGGGUGAGUCGUUUGAUGGAACAACAGUGGGCAUGGCCUCUCAGUCCUCUAUGUGCACCAAGGACAGAUCUGGAGGUGUUAACGUGGAUCAUCUGGUGAGUGUGCUGGGUGUGGCAUCCACAGUGGCACAUGAGCUCGGACAUAACCUGGGAAUGAGCCACGACACAAGCGACCGACACUGCGAGUGCCAGAAUGAACCACGGCUCGGAGGCUGCAUUAUGGAGCCUUCCACAGGGUCGAUGCCUGGUCAGCUGUUCAGCAGCUGUAGCGAGCGAGACCUCUCUCUCAGCCUGCUGCACGGUGGAGGAAUGUGCCUCUUUAAUGUGCCUCAGCCUGAGAAGCUGCUGGGAGGUCCACGCUGUGGUAAUCUCUACGUGGAGAAGGGAGAGGAGUGUGACUGCGGCCUGCUCGAUGAAUGUAAUGAUCCGUGCUGUAAUGCCAGCACCUGUAAGCUGGUUCCAGGUGCCCAGUGUUCCUCUGAUGGAAUUUGCUGUGAGAACUGUAGACUGCGUGUGGCUGGCUGGAUGUGUCGAGAGCCGUUAGGAGAGUGUGACCUGCCAGAGUUCUGCACUGGAACCUCCCCGUUCUGCCCUCCAAACGUGUUCCUUCAGAAUGGCGAGCCAUGCCAGGAUGGAGUCUCGUACUGCUACAGCGGCGUGUGUGCCAGUUUAGACGACCAGUGCCAGCAGCUAUGGGGAGCCAAUGCAACCCGUGCCCCUCCAGUGUGCUUUUCAUCUGUCAACAAAGAGGGCAACAAGUAUGGCAACUGCGGCCAAACAGCAAACGGCUCCUACAUUCCCUGCUCCAAUGCGGAUGUACAUUGUGGUAGAAUCCAGUGUCAGGGUGGGGGAGAUCGACCCCUGCUGGGAUCUAAUGCACAAAUUCGGACAGCUAGGGUGAGACUAAACCUCAAGAACUUCACAUGCCGAGGACUGUAUUUUGACCUGGGUGAUGGUGUCUCUGACCCGGCCAUGGUGGCUCAGGGAACAGCCUGCGCUCCUGGCAAGGUGUGUUUAGACCAGCGUUGUCAGGAUGUGUCUGUGUUUGGUGUUGAGGAGUGUCGAGAUAAGUGCAAUGGCCAUGGGGUGUGCAACAGCAAUAAGAACUGCCACUGUGAUGUAGGCUGGGCUCCUCCACACUGUCAGUACUCAGGAUCUGGAGGCAGUGUGGACAGCGGCCCUGCACGCCAGUCAAAAGAUUCCAACCCCACACGAGUGGCUCUUCUAGUCAUCUUCUUGUUCGUGCUGCCAGUAAUUCUGCUGUUCCUGGCUAUCCGUUUCCCUCGCUGCCGUCGGAGCCUUGUCUGUUUCCAGAUCACUCCAUUCAGCAAGGCGAGACAACUCAACCGAACACCUGCUACUGAGCGAGGAAAUGCUCAUAACAGAGAGCAGGUCCUGCCCCUGAGGUACCAGUGGACCCCCCAGAAUGACAUCCCACUCACACAGGCCAUCAGCAAGGCUCAGGAAAGGCCUGCUCCUCCUACUAAACCUCUCCCACCUGAUCCUGUCUCUAAACAGCCUCCUCAGUCAUCAGGGCAACGCCCCGCCCCUCCCACCAAGCCCCUCCCUCCUGACCCAGCCCCCUCAGAGAGCAAGUCACAGCGAAAGCUGACGGUGAUGCGCCCAGCUGCACCCAGCAAGCCCCUCCCCCCAGACCCUGUCCUUUCACACAGACAGAUACAGAGCCCUCCUAUCCCUAAACCUCCGGUUCCCAAGAAGCCUUUGCCUGCAGACCCCUCUGGUUACCCUGCUCCCCUACACCUGCUGACUGUGUCUGAGCCAUCAGGGAACCACACAGCUGCUGUUCCCUCCCCCAGCUUCCCCCCCUCUGCUGCUGCUGCAAUUCCUACAAGACGUGCUCCGUUGCCCCCGGUUAAUAGGGGCCAACAUCACCCAAGGAAAUACCCCAACCCCACUCCGAUGUAAUGUAAGUGAGGACUUGCUUUCUUACUGUUGGAGGAUCACACGUGGAUGCGCUGAAGUCUCGCACAAUUCUAAUUGCACUGACCAUGAGAGAAGACUCUGCACAACUUGCCCAUGGCUUAAAGUGGAUUUUCUCAAGCACUCGGGUCAUGAUCUCUUCCAUUUCUGGUUGGUAGAACUAAUCAGACUAGUUGUGCUGGACCUUUAUUGGCUUUACAGACUUCGGAGGAGAAGAACCUAAUUCGGAAGAAAUGGAUAUGAGAGAAGGUGUUCCACAAGAUGUUCCAUUCAGCACAAAUGCAACAUACAUGCAGUAUGAUUUGCCAGUCAGUGUCUUGAAGGUCAGUCAGGCAACGCUCAGCCUUUGUUCAAAACCCAGUUUGGGCAUCUGACCAGUGUGGCCAAUGAGUAUCCUAAAGAAGCAGCCUUACCUGCCUGUGCUGGCCUGGCUAAACCAGAUGAGUGAUGUCUGCAUGCUGCUCUGGAGAUGUGUGCUCUGCAGCCUUUCUGAUCAAAAGGCUAAAAAAUCACAGUUUCAGUAAUUAACUAAGAAAUUCUAGAGAUUGACUUGGCCUUUCCCAGUUUCUAAAGAUCUGCAAGGUUCAUGAGCUGUUGUGGAAUUGUUUCCCAUUCUGCUGCUGUAUUGUCUCCAACAAGCUACUGUACUAUGGACAAGGUUUCCUCAUUACAAGAAACAUUGAAUUGUCCCCAGUGUGUCUGUGGAGCUCAGUCUGUAAGUGCAGUUCUGUUGUGCACUUUUGUGACUCAUCUCAGUUGAAGAAAUCUCACAUCUGUAUCAGUGGAAGGAUGACUCCAGUGCUUGGCAUUCGUUUGGACUUUUUACUCUUUGUUAUUUUGUAAAUACUGAAAGAGAAUGUGAGAGAUUGGAGUGUAUCAUGCAGUAUACAUUAUUUUUUAUGCAAUAAACAUGGAACCUAUUUUUAAAGAA